AGGUUGUGUAGCUCCAAGUGCCAGUAGCUACAAGUGAAGCUCACCAGGUUGUCAAUCCCACCUUAUUGAAUACACCUUGAUUACGUAAUGACGGCAGACCGGGAGCAAAGUGAUUUAUGAAAAACAUUUCAGUUAAAUUUGUAUGUUUAAAGAAAAUAAAAAAUUUUCAUAAGCCGACCAAAUUUCAGUAAAAAAUACAAUAUUCAUAUUUUGAUUUUUGUUUGUACGUUUGUGUAAACAAAGAAAUUAUAUUGUUUCCCGUUUGUGUUGUCCAUCCAACCGUCCUGUGAGUGAGUUGAGCCAUGACAGCCAUUUGGGACAAAAUGUGUGAAGUAUUCACGUUGCUGGUUCGGCCGACGCGUCGCAAGACCCGCGUUACCUUCAGUCCAAGCACCCUACAUCGUGAAAUCAUUCGGCACACCAAACUAUCGGCUUCCCCUAAUCCGUUUUUCAACUUUCUAGCCGAAGUGCGUAUGAAAGCCAACGGUGGGGAAUUAAUGCACCCUGGCUGUGGUUCGAUGUCGCCGCGGGAAAGUGCUCGCAUCGCCAAGACAGCAGGCCGUUUGUGGAAUUCUAUGAGUGAUGAACAAAAACAGCCAUAUCGAAGCAUUGCAAUGGAGCAGCGGAAGCUGAAGAGGCUGCGGCGAAGGCGUUCCUACUUAUCUGCACGCAGACGAAGAGAACGCAAAACGCCAGUCGAAUGUAAAUUCCUAUUACCACCGCCGCCCACCCAUCAAGAGCAUCUGUAAAUGUGACUUCUGGGGAUUGCGAUUGUGUUAUUGACGCCUUCAGGACAGGAAUGGUGGAUAUGUGGAUGGUGUGGAUAUCUAAAUUAAGUGCAAAUUUUAUGUUGAUAUUGUCUCCAAUUUCAUAAAGA